GUGCAUCAGUGCGGGAGGAGCAGCGCAGGGGGCACUUCCGAGCAGGCGGUGGAGCGGGGAGACGGCGGGGGCCGGGAAAGCGACAGACAAAGAGGAGGGAGGACAUGAGCGAAGGGAGAGGGCAGGGGAUCAGCUGAGUUAAACCGCGCGGCAAACGCAUUCCUGGUUAGAGCCAGGGACAGGUUGCGUGUGUCCCCUCUACACCCUUUUCUUUUUUUGGGGGCGAGAAGACAAAGCGGCAAGUGGCUCCAUGGGGAAAGGUGGGGAGAAAGGAGGGGGGUCGGGGGAGCCGGAGGCGCAGCUCCGCUUCUACACCUGGGAGGAGAUCCAGAAGCACAACCUGAGGACGGACAAGUGGCUGGUGAUAGAGCGAAAGGUUUAUAAUGUCACCAAGUGGGCAAACAGACACCCGGGGGGUCAGCGAGUGAUCAGCCACUGGGCCGGCGAAGAUGCCACGGAUGCAUUCCAGGCUUUCCACAUCAAUCCAACCUUGGUGCAGAAGUUUCUCAAGCCAUUACUUAUUGGAGAGCUUGCUCCAGGGGAACCUAGCCAGGACCGAGAUAAAAACUCCCAGCUGGUGGAGGAUUUCCGGACCCUGAGGAAGACAGUAGAGGACAUGGACUUGUUCAGAGCAAAUCCUUUGUUCUUCUCUCUUUACUUGGGCCAUAUUAUUGUAAUGGAAGUGUUGGCUUGGUUAAUGGUUUCAUACUUUGGUAAUGGCUGGAUCACAACUUUCAUCCUCUCCUGCAUCCUUACAACUUGCCAGGCCCAGGCAGGGUGGCUGCAACAUGAUUUUGGACACCUCUCUGUCUUUAAGAAGUCUUCCUGGAACCACAUCCUCCACAAGUUUGUCAUUGGACACCUGAAGGGUGCCUCUGCAAACUGGUGGAACCAUCGUCACUUCCAACACCACGCCAAGCCCAACAUCUUCAAGAAGGACCCAGAUGUCAACAUGCUGCAUAUUUUUGUCCUUGGAGAUACGCAGCCUGUUGAGUAUGGCAAGAAGAAACUGAAGUACCUGCCUUACAAUCACCAGCACGAGUACUUUUUCUUCAUCUUCCCACCCCUGCUCAUUCCUGUGUAUUUCCAAAUCCAAAUCAUCUCGACCAUGAUCAAGCGCAGGUUCUGGGCGGACCUAGCCUGGGCCAUCAGCUACUACAUACGCUACUUCAUCACAUACAUCCCAUUCUAUGGUGUUCUGGGAUCCCUGUUUCUCCUCACUUUUGUCAGGUUUCUGGAGAGUCACUGGUUUGUGUGGGUCACGCAGAUGAAUCACAUUCCAAUGGAAAUUGAUUCCGAAAAGCACAGAGACUGGCUUAGCUCUCAGAUGGCAGCCACCUGCAAUAUCGAGCAGUCCUUCUUCAAUGACUGGUUCACCGGGCACCUGAAUUUCCAAAUUGAGCAUCACCUGUUCCCAACAAUGCCACGGCACAAUUUCUGGAAGGUAAAACCUUUGGUGAAGUCAUUAUGUGCCAAGUAUGGAGUCCAGUAUGAGGAGAAGCCUCUUGGAAAAGCAUUUGUAGACAUCGUUGGGUCCCUAAAGAAAUCUGGAGAUCUAUGGCUGGAUGCCUACCUCCAUAAAUGAACAUGAAUCUUAAUGGGGAGGUGUGAGUGACAGGGAGGGAUGGGGUGUAUGGGGGGGAAAUCACACACAUGUCUUUUACUCUCAGAUCUCAGUCUAUAGCUACGUGCACAGUUGGAGGGGAGUUUCCCGUCUUGGCAGCUGCUACUGGGGAUGGGCUCAGGCAACCAGUUUAAUCCAGACAGAUCUAAAAUGUGCUUCAGAGGAGGAAAUGUGAUG